AAAAAAAAAAGAAAAAAAAAAGAAAAAAAAAAAGAAAGAAUCUCUGCCUCUAUCUAUCAAUAAGUGUCGGCAACAUAUCCGAGUCACCGUUGCAUUCCCACGUUUCCUCUAAGUGUUUUCGUGUUUUUUCAAUUUUCAUUCUCUCUCAAAAAUCAAAAUGCAGCACCACGGUCCCUCCGCUGUGUUUUUUCUUCUAAGCUCAUGCUUUUCAUUUGCGCUGGUGUACGCGCAAGAACACUCCGCUCGUCGUAGCGUUCUGGACCAACGUUGGUUCCCCGGACACGCCACAUGGUACGGCGAGCCCGAGGGAGACGGUAGCAACGGAGGAGCGUGUGGAUAUGGUAAGUUGGUGAACUCGAAGCCGAUGAAGGGAAGGGUGAGUGCAGGUGCGCCGGUGCUGUUUCAGAAGGGGAAAGGGUGUGGGGCGUGCUACAAGGUGAAGUGUUUGGACCAUACCAUAUGUUCGAAGAGAGCGGUGACGGUGACGAUAACGGAUGAGUGCCCCGGCUGUCGCACUGACAAAACGCACUUCGAUCUUAGUGGUGCUGCCUUCGGUCGACUGGCUCUUCCUGGCCAACACAAUCAGCUCAGGAACCGAGGUGAACUCCCUAUCAGUUACCGAAGAACACCAUGCAAGUAUGGUGGCAAAACCCUUGGCUUCCAUGUCAAUGAAGGUUCAUCAGCCUAUUGGCUAUCACUUAUGGUAGUCUAUGCAGGUGGAGAUGGGGACAUCGCCUCCAUGCAUAUACAACAAGCAGGGUCGAGUGAGUGGAUGCAGAUGAAACAUUUAUGGGGUGCAUAUUGGGUGAUUAUAAAGGGGCCUUUAAAAGGACCUUUCUCUGUUAAAAUAAGCACAUCCACUGGGAAAAGCCUCACUGCCAAAAAUGUUAUUCCAAGCAAUUGGACUCCAAAUGCCACUUAUAACUCUCACUCAAAGUUUUAGCGCAAGGUUCAUCACCAAGCGUAAUUAAUAAAGCACCUUUUACCCAGUUCAAGUUGCCCAAGUUCCACAACGCAGAGAGUCUUCUUUGCCUUCAUGCCUUUUUUAUUGAAGAAAAGAAAAGUAGCCAUUGAGUGCACAAAGCUAUCCAAUAGUCCUACCUUUUAUUUAAUUUAUUAUAUUGUUUUAUACUUUUUGUGUACCUAGUUUUUUCAUUUUGUGAUGUGCAUAUGUUUGUACCACAAAUCGUGUAGCCCUCUCCUAAAAGGAGGGAGAGCGUGUAGUGUAGUGUAGUGUUGUACAAAGUGUGUACUGGGCCUACUGGGCUUUAAAUGAAUGAAUUAUUUGCUACUUCCUUGAUACUGUA